AUGGUCUGGGGUAGUCGAUCAGAGGAGCCCACUCCUCCGCAGGAAUUGCUGGACAAGCCUGUAAUUCAGAAGAAGCUCCCUGCCAAAUUACAACAAUUGGUAGACCGUGAAGACGAGUUCUACGAUGACCUAUAUUCCGGAUACCUCUCCGCACCUCCGCCGAUCAUUUCUGGCUCACUCUUACACUCUACACGUCUACACUCUACACUCUACACUCUACCUCCUGACAACACACUAACCAUGGGAUCCUCGGACAGCUCCGUCGACUCUACAGACACUCCCUUCCGUUAUGCUGCUUACGCCAAUCGCGUUCGCACAAUCCUAAUCUCCGCUCAUCGCUAUGUCGCCUACACCUCCGACAUUGGCGAAUCCUUCCGCCCAAUUGCGCAUCCGUGGCUAGUACGCUCCGCCUACGGAAUCUCGUGGUCUUACCUCCUAGGCGAUGUCGGCCACGAGGGCUAUAAGGCCUACCUGCGAAACUGGAAGGCUCUCGCUCCCACCGGGGAUGCCUAUAAAGACGCCAGCGAGCCCUCGCAGGACCAGAUCAUCAAGGGCAUGGCCACUGGCAACAUGAAAAUCGGCAACCAAGAAUCCAAGGACACACCCCACUGGCCUACGCCCGAGAUCCCACUUGCGGAAGAUUACCGCAUGGUCAUGGCUAAGCGCGCCGUGUUCCAGAGCAUCGCCAGUAUGGGUCUGCCUGCGUUCACCAUCCACAGCGUGGUGCGAUACUCUGGAAAGAUGGUCAAGGGUGUGAAGACCUCGUUCAUUCGGACUUGGACUCCUAUCGGGUUGGGUCUCGCUGUGGUCCCCUUCCUGCCAUAUAUCUUCGAUCACCCUGUCGAUGAAGCCGUCGAAUGGGCGUUCCGCACUGGUCUGCGCGCUUACGGUGGUGAAGCUGCUGUUCGCCCUCUGCCUGGCAAGAGCCUGCCUCCCCAGGAAGAGGAGGUUCGCGCCGCCGCCGCGGCUAAUCUGUCAUGGGAUGAGUACAAGGCCCAGAUGGAACGAGCACGUGAGCUCCGUCGCCAGUCGGGAGGAUCCGGUGGGAUUGCAUCGCUGACGAGCUGGUUUGGAUCUUCUUCCAAUGAGGAGAAGAAGAAGAACGAAUGA